GAGUUUUCGUUUUGCAGGGGUUUUCAAGUCAGUUACGAUUAGCAUAUGCCCCACUAGGCGAGAAAGUUAAAAAUCGCCUAGUCAUUGAUGUCGAAGAAACUGUUGUCAUGUUUCGGAAGGCGUAAAGAUAGGACAAGCAGAGUGAUGACACCUGAAUCUAUUACUCCAUACAGUGCUUUGCCUAACAGCGGAAAUAGGGAAUGUCAACAGAAGCCAUCGCUAGUGUCACAGUUUUCUAAAGAAGUCACAGAUUUCAGUUCUCAGUAUGGCAGUGAGACGAGCAUAUCCUACACCGCUUGUAAUCUAGCUGGACGGAGCAACAUCUACCCCACGUAUGGGGAUUUUACACAAGCAUGUGUAUUUAGAACCUAUGGACCUUGGUGGAACGAUGUCCCAUCAUCCAGAAAGAAAUUCAACAAAAGACCAGCAGACUUCUGUAGCGAAGAUUUUAUUGAGAUAUCGUUUGAAAUAGAAGUGUAUCCUUGUAAGAUAGAGAUUUGGGAGACCUACAAUCCUGGAGCUGUUGUGAAGAUAUUGGCCUGUGAUAGCUCCAGUGGGUCUGAUGUGGACUCUGGCAAAGCUAGGUGGCAGACAUUAUGGCAAGGAGAACCAGAGGAGUGUCCUCCCAAAUCUAGGAUAUUUUCUCCUCCUUUGACCAACCCAUUCUUCAAAACAAAGUUGAUAAGACUGGAGAUGUGCUCUGUGAAGUGCCGCUACUACACUGAACUGGAUUGCGUCGUGAUGUAUGGAUCUCUGCAGCCAUUCCCAGACAUUGAGCACCUGUACUUACAACAGAUGGAUGAAUAUAAACUUUCUCCACAGAAUUACUCGGAACCAGACAACUACGUCUAUAUGAUUACCUCCCGUAUGAAUCAGCUGAGUGUUGAGGCUGGCUCACAGGGAGAGCUACCAGAUGGAAUCUCACCAAUAUGGGAGAAUAAAGAAGGAACGGUUCCUGUUCUGGAGCCUAAAUUGGAUGAAGAGGAAGAACAGACAGAUGGGGAAAGGCUGGAGGAGUUGCCUCCCCUUGAGACAGUAGAAACAACACAGGACGAUAUAAUUGUUGAAGACAAUGGUUUCUUUGAUUUGCUGCCGGAGGAAGUGAUACGGCUGAUACUGAGUUACUUGGAGCUGUCUUCGUUAUUCAAUGCAUGCUGCACAUGCAGGUUACUACAGAAACAAUGUUCAGACUCACUGCAGUACACAGAACUCAACCUUCAACCUUAUUGGUAUAAGGUUGACAGUAGUGUGUUGGAGAAUUUCCAGUCUAAAUGUGGGCAUCUUCACCACCUCAACCUGUCCUGGUGUGGCGGUCGCAACAGCACUGUGUCCACAGCAAUCUUCGACACUUUUCUACAAAGUUGUGGGAAGGAGUUAUCUACCCUUUACUUAGCCAACUGUUCCUUUGUGAACUCAGAUGUGAUGAAGUCUAUAGCCAGCUUCUGUCCAAAACUAAAGGAUUUGGACAUACAAAGUUGUUUCAAAAUAGACAGUACAGGAAUAUUGCAUCUACAGAAACUGCCAAGCAUCACACGACUCAGUUUGUACAGAACUCUGGUGGAUGUCCACAGUCUCACUGCUCUCAUUAAACAUCUUGGAAACCUGGAAGUUUUAAAUAUUGGGUCAUGUACAACUAUAAAUGACUUUGAUGAAGUGUGUAGAGCUCUGGGAAAAAACUGCAAGAAACUGAUUUCUCUUGACCUUUGGCGAUCAAGGACAAUUACUGGAGUUGGACUGCUGGCUCUGGCUGAUGGAUGUCCAGACCUGCAGGAACUGGACAUAGGCUGGUGUCCAGAACUACGCUUAUGUUCCUCUAGUCUUGUGCAACUUGUCCAGAAUUGUUCGAAGCUGAAGAAGCUCUUUCUGACUGCCAACAGGAAUGUUUGUGAUCGAGACCUGAUGGCUAUCUCCGCCAACUGCCGUGAACUGCAGCAAUUGGACAUCUUGGGGACACGGGAGGUUUCUCGAGAGGCCGUAUAUGGUGUUCUGCAGAACUGUACAAAAUUGACCAUGUUUGAUGUGUCCUUCUGUAUGUCAAUAGACUUUCCCUGUGUAGAAGCGUGGAAAAAAGAAUUCCCUAAUGUUAACAUCAAGAAAAGCAGUCAACAUUAGGACUCUUUAUAAAAUGUUACUAUGUCCUGGAUAUCUGUGAUUAAGGUAGUAAUUUGUGUCAUGAUAUUGUAUUGAACAUAAAACAAUGUUUACAUUUUUAAACAGUACACAAUAAACAUCAUGUCUCCAUACAUUUAUGCUGUAAAAUCAAGCAUUCAUAUCGAUACACGUAACUUAGAUUUUUUUGUGUGUGUAAAUAUUUUAAAUAUAAUGGAAUUUCAUUCUGUAAUCACUCUUUAUUUCAUAGCAUGUGAUAUCUUUUAUGGGACACACAUUUAUUAUUUCUUAUUAAAUUCGAGGAGUUUUAACUUAUGCUGCAUUGAAAAUAUAAUAGAACAAAUUUAGAGAUGCAGAUACCUUCAGAAGUUCACUGUUGAGAAGAAAACUGAUGUGCUCCAAAAUUGCUGCAAAAAACGUAUUAUUUUUGCUUCAAAGUCUUUCAGAUUUUAAACUAUCAGACAAAACCAAUUAACCUUAAAUUGACUUUACAGUGCUGUAAGUAUGCUGUGUACAUUUUUAUAUCACAGUUACAUGUUUAUGUAUGAGAUAUACAUGUUAUGUGCAGUACAGUUACUAUAUAUAGAAGUCAUAAUGAAAUAGAGUUUAAACCUGUAAUGUUGCCAGCAGCAUAUUGAUAUUAAUUUAUUGUGGGUGUAUUUGUAUCAAAGUUAAAUUAUGACGAUGUUAGAGAUAUGUGGUUGUUAAUUUGUAGUAAAUACAAACAGUAUUUCACUUACUAGGUGAAUUCUCUGAUACGUUUUGUUCAAUGUUUAUUCCAUGAAGAUAGUUGAUAUUAUAUCUAGUUGGAAACCAGUAACAAUUGGUGUGUUACAGGAAUAACAAUGUAUUAAAGUAAACUUUGUUUCUACAUAGCGUAUCAGAUGAUGUUUUGUUAGUUUUUUGGGUAAUGAUGUCAUAGAUUGUUCGUAAAAUGUUAUACUCCUUAUCUUAUAUAGCUCACCGAUUGGUAAAUGGGUAUUCUAUUUCUAUGCUAAUAUAGAGAUAAGAUGAUAAUAAUCCCAUCCAUGUAUAUUCCUGUUCAUUGAGAUUAUAAACCAAUGCAAUUGUCCUAUAAUAACCCCACCACUUCCACUCCACCACCUCCCAGCCCCUCCCUCCCUCACUCUCUAGGAGUUAAAAGAAAUGCCUACCCACCCACCCACCCCCCUCACCAAUGCCAUCUCUUAAGUUACAAAGAACUAAAAAAAGGCCUUGUCCCCCUCCACUGUCCCCUUCAUUGUUAGUGUUAGGCUAAUAGUAUAGACACUUUCUGAAUGUAAUAAUUUUUUCUUCAUUUUUAUUUUUUUGAGUUUGUAGGCUUUGUUCACCUUUUUUGUGAUAUCUACAUGUAUUGUAUUUUUAUAGUUAAGUUUUUUAUGAGUGAAGAUAUGUACCUGAUAAUGUAUUUAUAAUAUCAUGGACCUUCUGAUGCCUUUAUUUCAAUUUUAAAGAUCUGUUUGAAUAUCUUUUGUUUUAUUAUUUUUAAUUCUAAUUGAUUUUUUUUUUUUAAAGAAUGUUAGCAA